AUGUCUAAAUAUAGUGUGUUAUUACCUACUUAUAACGAGAAAAGAAACUUGCCAAUUAUUACUUAUUUAAUUGCACGUACAUUCGAGCAAGCAAACUUGUCUUGGGAAAUCGUGGUGAUUGAUGAUGCCUCUCCAGAUGGCACUCAGGAAGUAGCUAAAGAGUUGCAAAGCAUUUACGGCGAAGACAAAAUUCUUUUAAAACCCCGUGCUGGGAAGUUGGGUCUUGGUACCGCCUAUAUUCAUGGAUUGAAGUCUGCUACUGGUGACUAUGUGAUUAUUAUGGAUGCUGACUUUUCUCACCAUCCUAAGUACCUUCCUGAAUUUAUUAAAUUACAAAAGGAAGGUAACUACGAUAUUGUUUUAGGAACUAGAUAUGCUAAGGAUGGUGGUGUUUAUGGAUGGAAUUUGAAGAGAAAGUUGAUUUCUCGUGGUGCCAAUCUUUUGGCUAGUACUGUUCUAGGAACUGGUGUUUCUGAUGUUACUGGAAGUUUCCGACUAUACAAGAAACAGGUUUUGGAAACCUUGAUGAAAGAAGUAACUAGCAAAGGAUAUGUUUUCCAAAUGGAAAUGAUUGCUCGUGCUCGUCAACACAACUAUAGUAUUGGUGAAGUCCCUAUCGCAUUCGUUGAUAGAUUGUACGGUGAAAGUAAACUUGGAAUGGAUGACAUUAUCGGUUAUUUGAAGGGUGUGCUUUCCUUGGUUUUCAUUUAA